AUGUCACAACAAUAUGGUGUAAACCAAAUAAUUCAAAACAGUCCAACAACUCCCGGGGGAGAAAGAAGCAGUAACCUAACCCCUCCCGAAGAUCCAAGGGGUUCACAACAAGCUGGUGAUGAUGUUGAUGGUGCUAAUGAUGAUGCUGAUGAUGAUGUUGUUGAAACUCUGUAUGAAAACAACACCAUUGUGUCGAGAGAAAAAUGGGGUGCAAAAGAAGAUGAUGCACUCAUCUCGGCUUGGAUAGAAUGUGCAGUUGAAGAUCCAAAGACGACAACGGAUCAAAGUUUGGCUAUAAUGUGGAGAAACAUUAUGGCUUUGUAUGAUCAAGCUAGAGAAGAUAAUCCAUCCACCAUGCGCCCUAGAAGUUUGAGAUCUAUGAAAAGUCGGUGGGGAAUAAUAAAUAGAGAUGUGAGUACAUGGGUUGGUUGUUAUGCUGAGGCAAUAAAAAGAUAUAAGAGUGGCACUAACACUCAUGAUGAGAUGACUGAAGCUCAUGAAAUAUAUAGAGGGACGUGUAAUGGUUCACGCUUUGGUUUAAUUGGUUGUUGGGAGAUGUUGAGAGACUUAGACAAAUGGAGACCAAUAGACCUAGAUGUACCUUCUAGUGGUGGUGGCAGUUCGAAAAGAUUAGAACCUGAUACUCCAACUGAUGAAGGUCCUAUAACUCGUACUCGUCGUCGUCGUCCUGAUGGGGUGAAAAAAACAAAAAGGAAAGGUAAAUCUGUUGCUAGUUCUGCCAUGUCAGAGAUGAAUGUGAUAAAAGGAAAACACAAAGAUGUUGACGAGAGGCGUAUUGAUGUAGCGGAACAUAUGCUCGAGUAUCAAAAGGAACGAGAUGCCAUCAAAGCUCGGAAGAAAGAGGGGGAAAAGAGGUUCAAGUUAUUCAGUGUCCUUCUUGCAAAACCAAAUCUAUCUGAAGACGAAAAAGAAAGUUAUUUGAAAUUAAAGCAAGAAUUUGCACAUCUUUUAGGCUAG